AUGGGGUCUUUCGAAAUCACCAAACAAGCGGAUCUCAAAUUGAUCUCACUAUCAGGCCUUCUUGCCGGAGAUGUUGAUACUGUGAACGAUCUUGUGUCUGCCUGUAAAGAAGUUGGGUUUUUUUACCUUGAUUUCCGUGAUGCCUCAACAUGCGACACUUUGAAGCAUGCUGAUGCUCUUGCUGUCAUUGGAAAAUCCGUAUUCAAACUACCGUUGGAGGAGAAAGAGGAGUACAGCACUGAGAAGUAUCUGCCAUCAAGGCUUCUCGGCUACAAACGAGCCGGCUGCUCCGUUGGGCCAUUUUCUGGGAAAAAAGAUGGCUAUGAGAGCUUCUCGAUUCAUAACAAUGGCAUCUUUGGCCAGGAUGCCAUGAUUGUCCCCCAAGCGAUUGAGGAAACCCUACCACUCUUCGAGACAUUCAUGAGCGAGGUUCAUGGAUAUACCGACUGUAUCCUCUCCACUCUGUCAAAAGCUCUGGAGCUUCCAUAUGACUUGAAGGAUUGUCACCGGAAGGACAAGCCAUCGUCUGCAAACAUGGCCAUGCUGAACUACCUACCUUGGGGCAGCAGCGAUGAGAAAAUCGGAAACAUGGCACAUACCGAUAUGGGAACUUUGACUGUUGUUUUCACCCAGUCUGAUGGCUUGCAGGCCCUGCUGCCUGGGACCGAGGAAUGGUCUUUUAUUCCACCCCGAGCUGGACACGCCGUUGUGAAUGUCGGGGACUCCUUGCGCUUUCUGUCAAAUGGCGCAUUGGCCUCGUCUCUUCACCGUGUGGUCCCUCCACCUGAUUCAACUGGCCAGGAUAAGUUCUCCACGAUCUACUUCCUGCGGCCAGAAUUCGACGCCAAAUUUACCACUCCUGAUGGAAAGCAGAUGAAUAGUGUGGAGUGGCAUAAUCAGAAGUAUGCUUUGUUCAGAGAAGCGAGCCUCGAUGCCAAGCAGCACGGUGCCAUGUUGACUGGUCGCAAGGACUGGAUUGGCGCCACUGGCCAGUGA